AUGACACGACCCUUCCGCUACCGCGACGGCGUAGCAAUCGCCCAAAUCAUCGUCUUCCUCCUCUACCUGUCCUUCGGCAUCCUCUUCUGCAUCCAAAAGAGAAUGGGCUGGUUCGGCAUCUCCUUCAUCUCCACCAUCCGCAUCGUUGGCGCCAGCUGCAUGCUAGGCACACUCGCAAACUCGUCGCGCAUAGUCUGGGCCGCCAUAUUCGUCUGCGAGUCCUUGGGUCUCGUCUUCUUGACGUUUGUGUUGCUUGAUCUACUCAAGAGGGUCAACUCCUUCACCCAGGUCCUUACACCAUGGCACUUCCGCAUCCCCGAACUCAUCUGCUACGCCGGCCUAGGCAUCUCCAUCGCAGACUACAUUCUCGCCGCCAAAAGAACAUCCAACGCCAUGGCUCCAGGCGCGCUCACAAAAGCAGGAGUAGGCCUCUUUGCGGCGCUCUAUUUCUGGGGCGUCCUCCUCUUCGCCCUCCUAGCUAAAGAGUGGAAGCGGAUACCCCAAGCGGAGAGGCGCGCCAUGAUUGGCUUCACGGGGUGUUUCCCAUUCAUGGUGGUUCGGAUCUCGUAUACGAUUGCGUAUGUUAGUACCGGGGAAAAGAGGUUUAGUGCGGUGAGUGGGGAUACGACGAUUUAUUUGUUCAUGACGGUGUUGAUGGAGUUUGCGGUGUUGGGGUGGGUGGUGUGGACUAUUUGGGGGUUGGAUAGGGUGUAUGAGCAGGUGGAGGGGUCGCGUGGGAAAGAUGCUGGUGAGAUGGAGGAUCUUGUUGAGUCUGAAGGGCAGAGGUCUAGGCGGGCGGAGAGUUGA